CACAGCGUGUGAUAUGGUGGACAGGCCGGGCGUUACGUUGUUAUAACUGGGUACAUCGUAACUUCCUAAUUGUUGGGACAGUUUUCAAACAACGAUUACAUGUUCACCAUACAGGGUAAUACACCAGUCAUGUUUCAUUUAGUGUUCAUGUUAACUACAGCAGUUUUUACAGUGUCUGGUCAGUCCAUCACCAUAACAGGACCAAGUACCUUGGAAACACCAACAUCAGAACUCAGACUUACCUGUACACCAAGCUCAGCCGGUAUCUCAGACGUCAAUAUUAUUGUUCUUCUAAAAAAUUCUAGUUCUACAGAUUAUCAAACAGUACUAUCUGUUACCUAUAGUAAAACCACCUCAUCCUCAGUAAUCCACUGGGGUAACGUUGUCAGUCAGAGCAGAGCGGGGGUGUCAGCCAUAGGAAAUGUGGACACGGUAUCUGGAGCUCAGCUUGUGUUUACCAUCGCCACAAACAUGACGACCUGUAAUGAUGGCGGAGCUUACCAAUGUUUUAUGGCAGUCACUCUAACAGGUGGUAAUGGCGGUGUAGCUGAUGCUGAAAAAUAUGUCACAGCUAAAGUUCAACCGAUAUCCACUAACGACAUGACCGUGUUUCCCUUCCCCAAUGUGGAGAGUGUAUAUUACUCCGUGGGAUCCUCAGUGACAUUCACGUGUACAGGCACUGUAGGAAGCGACAAAAAACCCCACACAUGGUGUUACAAGCGUGUCACCGACCAAGGAUAUACCGGUUACCCGACUGCAGCUGACAUUAAUCAGAAUGAUAACGGUUUGAUACAGUCCGGGUGUAACUACCAACGUACCAGUACACUUACCUACAAUGUGACAAAUGACGACACCAACACCACGUUUAUGUGUGAACCGUUCACUGGAACCGUGUGUGGCUCAAAUCCAGCUUCACUCAUAGCAUACAAAUCCAUCAUCACCAUAACAGGACCAAGUACCUUGGAAACACCAACAUCAGAACUCAGACUUACCUGUACACCAAGCUCAGCCGGAAUCACAGAUGUCAAUAGUAUUGGUCUUCUGAGAAAUUCUAGUUCUACAGAUUACCAAACAGUAGUGUCUGUUAACUAUGAUAAACCCACCUCAUCCUCAGUAAUCAGCUGGGGUAACGUUGUCAGUCAGAGCAGAGCGGGGGUGUCAGCCACAGGAAAUGUGAACACGGUAUCUGGAGCUCAGCUUGUGUUUACAAUCGCCACAAAUAGGACAAACUGUAAUGAUGGCGGAGCUUACCGAUGUUCUAUGGGAGUCACUCUGACUAGUGGUAGUGGUGGUGUAGCGAUAGCUGAAAAAUAUAUCACAGCUAAAGUUCAACCGAUAUCCUCUAACGACAUGACCGUGUUUCCCUUCCCCAAUGUGGAGAGUGUAUAUUACUCCGUGGGAUCCUCACUGAAAUUCACGUGUACAGGCACUGUAGGAAGUGACAAAAAAACCCACACAUGGUGUUACAAGCGUGCCACCGACCAAGGAUAUACUGGCUACCCAACUACAGCUGACAUUAACCAGAAUGAUAACGGUUUGGUGACGUCCGGGUGUAACUACCAACGUACCAGUACACUUAUCUACAAUGUGAAAAAUGACGACACCAACACCACGUUUAUGUGUGAACCGUUCACUGGAACCGUGUGUGGCUCUAAUCCAGUCUCACUGAUAACAUACAAAUCCAUCAGAAGAUAUUCAUCAGGUGGAACUACAUGCGGUCAAGAUGACGUCACACCUUGGAUCAUCGUCGCUGUUAUAUUCAUCAUUGCGACUGUUGUCCUUACUACCACUGUUGCCUACCUAUGUCGUAAAGUAUUAGAAUAUAAAGAUCGUUUACAUCAAAGCGUGAACUACGAGGUCGUGAACAGAGCAUUUUCAAGAAAUGAUGAGCACGUGUACAACACCACGGACAAUUACGAAAUACCACAAAUAUAGAAUAAACAAUGCAGUUACGAGGUGUGGAUAAUCGAACUAAGUGUAUAACUGUUGUAAUCGAGGGUACACAUACCAACAAACUAAGUGUAUUACUGUUGUAACCAUGGAUACACAUACCAACAAACUAAGUGUAUUACUGUUGUAACCAUGGAUACACAUACCAACAAACUAAGUGUAUUACUGUUGUAACCAUGGAUACACAUACAAACAAUCUAAGUGUAUUACUGUUGUAACCAUGGAUACACAUACCAACAAUCUAAGUGUAUUACUGUUGUAACCAAAGAUACACAUACCAACAAACUCAGUGUAUUACUGUUGUAACCAUGGAUACACAUACCAACAAUCUAAGUGUAUUACUGUUGUAACAAGGAUACACCUACCAGCAAACUAAGUAUAUUACUGUUGUUGUACCCAUGGAUACACAUACCAACAAUCUAAGUGUAUUACUGUUGUUGUUACCAAGGAUACACCUACCAGCAAACUAACUGUAUUACUGUUGUAACCAAGGAUACACAUACCAACAAUCUAAGUGUAUUACUGUUGUAACCAAUGAUACACAUACCAACAAAUUAAGUGUAUUACUGGUGUAACCGAGGGUACACAUACCAACAAAUUUAGUGUAUUACUGUUGUAACCAAGGAUACACAUACCAACAAACUAAGUGUAUUACUGUUGUAACCACGGAUACACAUAACAACAAACUAAGUGUAUUUCUGGCGUAACCACGGAUACACAUACCAGCAAACUAAGUGUAUUACUGUUGUUACCAAGGAUACACAUACCAACAAACUAAGUGUAUUACUGUUGUAACCAAGGAUACACAUACCAACAAACUAAGUGUAUUACUGUUGUAACCGAGGGUACGCAUACCAACAACUUUGGUGUAUUACUGUUGUAACCACGGAUACACAUAACAACAAACUAAGUGUAUUUCUGGCGUAACCACGGAUACACAUACCAACAAACUAAGUGUGUUACUGUUGUAACCAAGUAUACACAUACCAACAAACUAAACUAAAUGUAUUACUGUUGUAACCAAGUAUACACAUACCAACAAA